GUUGAGGUGAGAUAAAUGCUCUGUUUUGGUUUGGUCUGUCUUUGGCUGGAGUCUCGCCUACAACAGAAUAGAAAGCUCCCCAAAAACUCUCUCGAAAGCUCUCGCAUAUUCGGUAUAUGGUAUCCUUUCUUUUGACUUUGAAACGAAGUUUUGAAGGACACAAAACUCGUACUCGAACUUCUUAUAGCUAAAUUUCUUUCCAAGUGAUGAGACGUUGGAAUUCAAACCGGCCAGUAUCUAAAUUGUUGUUCUAAAAAGUGGUUACAGUACAUUUCUUGAAAAAUCAAAAAUAUCCCAAGAUGACUUCAGUAAAGGACAACAUUAUGUCACAGGUCGCCGAGACCUUGCCCUCAGCUGGUAACAAAAUCACCAUUGUCGGUAUUGGUCAAGUCGGUAUGGCUUGUGCUUUCAGUAUUUUGGCCCAAAACGUGUCCAACGAAAUUUGCCUCAUCGAUGUGUGUGAGGACAAGUUGAUUGGUGAAAUGAUGGAUUUACAACAUGGAUCUAACUUCUUGAAAAAUCCCAAGAUCACAGCCAGUACAGAUUAUGCAGCUUCGGCUGGUUCACGUUUGUGCAUUGUCACAGCUGGAGUCCGUCAAAAGGAGGGUGAAACCCGUCUGUCGUUGGUGCAACGCAACACUGACAUCCUUAAGCACAUCAUUCCUAAGUUGGUGGCAAACAGUCCCGACACUAUUUUGCUGAUGGUCUCCAAUCCAGUUGAUGUUAUGACCUAUGUGGCAUGGAAACUCUCCGGGUUGCCAAAGAAUCGUGUCAUUGGUAGUGGAACCAAUUUGGAUUCGUCACGUUUCCGUUUCUUGAUGUCGCAACGUCUGAAUGUUGCUCCAACAUCUUGUCACGGUUGGAUUAUUGGUGAACACGGAGACAGCAGUGUUCCAGUUUGGUCUGGAGUCAAUAUUGCCGGUGUCCGUUUGAGGGAGUUGAACCCAACCAUUGGAACUUCUGACGAUCCAGAGAAGUGGAACGAAUUGCACAAACAAGUUGUUAACAGCGCCUACGAGGUUAUCAAGCUAAAGGGAUACACCUCUUGGGCUAUUGGUUUGAGUGUGGCUUCGUUAACAUCUGCUAUCCUGAAGAAUUACAGCAGUGUUGUGGCUGUUUCGACAUCAGUUAUGGGUGAACACGGUAUUGACAAAGAUGUCUUCCUUUCCUUGCCAUGCGUCCUCAAUUCAAAUGGAGUGACAUCAAUUGUCAAACAGAUUUUGACCCCAACUGAAAUUGAGCAACUUCAAAAUUCUGCCAAUGUCAUGGAUCAAGUUCAAGCUGGUCUUAAAUUUUAAGUUAAUUUUUAUCAAUUAAGAGAUUUUUAAUAUUUAAUUUUAAUUUAUAUAUUUGUAACAAAUUGUGACGAAUUUUUAUGUUUAAUUUAUAAUUUUUCCUCAUCCAGAAACAAAAAAAAAAUAUGGAACCAAAUAUAAUUUUUUUAAUUUAAAUAUUUA